GCUACGUCGAGGGCACGACGAUCGCCCGAGGGGAAGAACCUGCCCAUGAUCUCAUACGGCUGCAAUGAUGAACGAGCCUCGUACUUCCAAACAUUCGCCAGGACAAAUCCUUCAGAAAUAUAUAUCAUCAAGACGACCAUCGCGACGCUCCUGCACAACGGAUGGCGGCGCUUCUCCAUCAUCUACACGGACAGCACCCCCGAGACGCUGAAGGCCGAGGCGAGCGCGCACGACAUGAUCAUCAACCACGAGAUGCUGUUCAAGAAGGAGACCCUGCUCUUCACUUUCCAGCAGACCAAGAGCAGCACGAGGAUCUACGUGUUCAUCGGCCAUCGUUCUCUGGUCAACGAAGUCCUCACGGUGAUGGCGAUGACGGGGCUCUUCCAGAAAGACAAUAAGGAGUACCUGCUUCUCUUCGUCGACCGGGAGGAAUACGCCAUGUAUGACUGGCACAGCUACACUUGGGACAGCCAUUCCAGGACGGUCAUGAACGAGGAGGGCACCUGCUGGGAGGAGGACCUGAAGAUGUACUCAGACGCCUUCAUUGUGGUGGCCAACCGCUUCCCGGACUCGGGGAAUAUCACCGACAUGGUGCUCAAGUACAACAAGGACCCGCCCUUCUGCCUGGGCUUCCACACGGACCUGCCCAGGAAACGGCCCAUCAAGAGCAAACCGCAUGUUCCAUACUUGCCCUCGGCGUACCUGUAUGAUUCAGUGCAGCUUUAUGCUCGAGCUGUGAGGGAGCUGUAUGAUAAGAGGCAGAACCUCAGCAUCACUGUGGCAGACAUUGCCAGCAAUGGAGCCUUGAUCAAGAACCACCUGAGGAACAUGAUAUAUGAGAGUAUUCUAGGUUUCAACAUGACCAUGAAUCAGAAUGCAGCAAGUGAAGGCAAAUACAGUGUGUAUUACUUUUCACAGUGUCCUGACUCUAGCAAUGAUACCUACAACUGUUCCAAGUGUUUGUUUAAAAUAAGUGACUAUUAUGGAGGGAAUUACUCUCUCAUGGAAACUGCCCCCAAAAUGAAAAUAAGGGACAUGCCAAACUGUGGUUAUGAUGGCACUUUAUGUAAUCAAUCAGAGACUGAGGUCAAGAUAAUAGCAUUAUAUUUUAUGGGCGCCCUUCUCAUCUUGUUUACAUUCGUGUCAACUAUAUCGUACCGGAACUGGAAGUAUGAGCAGGAGAUUGUGGGUCUGCAGUGGCGCAUCAACGCAGCUGAACUGACACUGGGUAACCACGCCUCUGUUGGAAGUAGGGUACGUGAGGUGGGCUUAUACUCGACCUCUUCCUCCCUAACUAGCAGGCAAAGUUUAGUGAGUGCUGCCUCAUACGAUUUCCAUGACAAAUGGUACCACAAUUGGGCAAACUACAAGGGCACAGUGGUAUGUCUUAAGACCAUCACCAUGAACCAAAGGAGACUGGAGCUCUCACGCACUACCAUGAUUGAAAUGAGAAAUAUGCGUGAAAUGAAACAGUACAAUGUGUGUGAAUUCAUCGGAGCCUUCGUGCAACCCAAUGGGGUGACGCUUGUGACAGAAUACUGCACGAGAGGUUCCUUACUCGAUAUUCUUGCCAUGGAAGACAUACAGCUCAACAGUCUCUUCAUAUCAUCCCUCGUCCAUGAUUUAUUAAGGUGAUCAUCCAGAAGUUGAAAGAUGGCUCAACCCUGACAGGUAAUGUAUAUCGUCCAUCCCUACUAAACUUGCUGGACAUGCCGUUCGGGUCUGACCAGGAUGUGAGGAGCACUAUGCAGGCCGCCUGGAAGGAGAACCCAUCUGAGAGGCCAAACUUCCGCACAAUCAAAAUUAAAUUGAAAGACAUGAAGGACAAAAGUCGGAAGGGUAACCUAAUGGACCACAUGUUGCACAUGUUAGAGCAAUAUAGCAAGAACCUUGAGGAAUUAGUAACAAAUCGAACACAAGCACUGAGGGAAGAGCAGAGCAAGACAAAAGACUUGCUGCAUCGCAUGUUACCAUCAUCUGUUGCAGCAAGCUUAACUCAAGGGAUAGAUGUAGAACCUCAAGGCUUUGAUGCCGUUACAAUAUAUUUCAGUGACAUUGUAGGGUUCACUUCUUUGUCUGCUGAGAGUACCCCAUACCAGGUGGUGAGUUUCUUGAAUGACCUGUAUACACUUUUCGACAACAUCAUUAAAGGCUAUGAUGUAUACAAAGUGGAAACUAUCGGUGAUGCGUAUAUGGUCGUCUCGGGCCUUCCAAAGCCAAACAUGGGGAGACAUGCUGGGGAAAUAGCAUCUAUGGCCCUUGAGCUGUUGAAUGAGGUAAAAACCAAGUUCGUUAUUCGGCACCGGCCUGAAACCACUCUCAAGCUGCGGAUAGGCUUGCACACGGGCCCUGUGAUAGCGGGUGUGGUUGGGGUCACCAUGCCCAGAUACUGUCUCUUUGGCGACACUGUGAACACUGCUUCUCGAAUGGAAAGAAGCAUGGAAGAUCCUGGAGAAGUAAAUGGUAGCAUUCCUCUCUUCAACCGUGAUGGUGCUUCAUUAUGCAGGGACUCGCCACGGUCAGAUAUUUCUUGUGGCCGCAGAUGCUUCAGCAACACCUUGUACCACACAUCUAGUGUUGACUGCACUACACAAGGGAGCCAUCUGUGUCCUCCCAAAUAUGAGGACACCCCAGAAAAAGUCCCCCAAAGCAUCAGCUUGGACCAGCUCCACCACUCGGAGGUGCGGCUUGAGGUUCCUGCGCUUCAGAAUAUGAACUCAGGGGGACAUCCCUCACUAGACUCGACUCUCCCACUGGAGGACAGGCGAGAGGUCAACUUCUGUCCAUCAGCAGAUGAUGACAUUCCCUUAUCACAUAAUGUAGGCGAGAGAGAGCCAAUGCUGAAUGGUGAUGAAGAUUGUGGAAAUGAAGGAAGAGUGAUAUAUGAUAGUGACAAUAGUCCGCAUCUGUCGGGAGGAGGAAGUAAACGAUCCUCUGGUCUCAGGUCCAAGCUGGCAGGAUUCUCACUGAAUGGACUCAAGAGGGAGAGUCAUGUUUAAACAUCCUUUGUGUAGAUAAUUUGCCAACUGCAGUAUCUUGAAAUUUAUGAGAAAAAGACCAUGUGUAAGUGGAAUCUAUGACAGGAAUGACUGAAAAUCAUGGGACCAUCCAUAAAUAGCAAGUUAAUUGCCAAGUAAUCACAUAUAAGAAAAAAAUAUAUAUAUAUAGAAAUUUAUUUGUAUUUAUAAAAUGAACUAUAAACUAAGUUGAAUACAACACUUGAAAGAGUGGCAUGAAAAUUAAGAACAUUAUUGGAUGACCAAAAAAUUCUGUAAUUGUUAAAGAUCUUUUGAAACAAGAAAUCAGUUUUAUGCAGUACCCAUUA